CUUCCCAAAGGAGGAGAGAGAAGGGCUGUGAGGAAGAAGAGCGCCCUGGAGUGCCCAAACCUGGAGGAUCUGGUAGGUGUCAGCGCUGCGUCGUCCGUAGCCUCAUUUCUCUCCAUCCUUUUUGCCUCCUGUGCCUUUGGGACCCUCGCCUUUCUGCCCCAAAUUCGUGCCCAUCUGUUUAUGACUUUUUGGGUUUCGUUUCUUCCCUCCCCUGCCCCCCAAAUUCAACACAAUUCAGUAAGGGUUCCAGCUCACCAUUGAGCUCCUCCGGUGGGUGAUGCCCACCCAUGAGCCCCCCCAUGGUAUUUCCAGCCCCACUGCUCUUUGUGUUCCACUUCUUGCAUCAGAAGGAAAGCUGGGCCCCAGCAGGGAGCGCUCAGCAGGAAAACACGGAGCUCUUCUUGCUCUGGGCAGCUGGAAGACCUGAAAAAUGAGAUCGAGAAGAGGCAGAAAAACACCGCCAAGCUCUCGGAGGAGAUUUCCCAGCAGGAAACGAAACCACAGGGAGAGAAGAGUCAGCAUUCGGUGCGGAAAGGUGACCUUCCAGCUGCCAGCGGGGCCAGAAGAGAGGCUGAGCCAUUUCUCAUGGAGGAACGGAGCUCUGAAGGAACACCUCAAGAAGCUUCAAGCCAGCAUCACCCUGGACCCCGACACCGCUCACCCCGACCUCGUCCUCUCCGAAGACAGGAAGAGUGUGAAACGUGGGGCGGGACAGCAGGACCUCCCCGAUAACCCCGAAAGAUUUGCCUACUGGCCCUUUGUUUUGGGCCACCCAAGCUUCUCCUCCGGCCGUCACUGCUGGGAGGUGGAAGUGGGGGACGAAGGGGACUGGGCCGUCGGCGUGGCUCGAGAAUCCAUCCCACGAAAAGGUCAACUGAGCCUCUGUCCCAAAGGGGGGAUUUGGGGGGUGGAGAAAUGGGGGGGACAGAUCCGGGCUCUCACCACCCACAAGGUGACCCUGUUAGCACUGCGCUGGGUGCCCAGGAAGGUCAGCAUCCACUUGGACUACGCCGGAGGGACGGUGGCGUUUUUUGACGCCGACGAAGGGGGGCUCAUCUUUGUCUUUUCCCACGCGUCUUUCGCUGGGGAGGGGGUCCGUCCGUGGCUGUGGGUGGUGGGGGUCAGGUCCCAGCUCAGGCUUUGCCCCUGAGACACAGACGAGGGUCACCCCACAUCCUACAGCCUCAGGGGGCGGCCCCUUCCCUUCCCAUCCCAUGGGGAGAAGAUGAGAUGAGGAGCUGGGUUUUUGUGCAUCCUUCAUCCCCACGAACCCACUGCCGUGGCAUCGCACCGGUAUGACACUGACUGAUGUGAUAUCACCAAGAAGUGCUGAGCAAGAGAAAAUUGGGGCAACAGAAGGGAAAAAGUGCUGCGCUGGGUGAUUAGAAUGCAGGAAAGAAUGGUCAGGAGGGAAAAUCCCAGCCAACAGAGCAGCAGGAAGGCGGAUUUCCCCAGGGUUUGCCUGACCAGGUACUGCUGUCCCCGACCUGAGAUGGUCACCUUCAAAUCAAGUGGUCCACCUUCAUG